AUGGAGUGGUUUGGUGAGGGUGUUGGGUGGUGGGGUUGGGGAGGGAUGGGUGGGGGUGAUAAGAUGGGGGGUUUUGUUGGGGGGGGUGGGAUUGAGUUGGGUUUGUUGAAUGAGGUGUGUGGGGUGUUUGUGGUGGGGGGGUUGGGGGUAGGGGGUGGUGAGGGGGGUUUGGGGGGGGGUUUUGGGAGUGGGGGGGGGAGGUGGGGUUUGGGGGUGGGGGGUGGUAGGGGGUGGGUAGGGGGUGUGUUGUGGGGUGGUUUGGGGUUGGUUUGGGGGUGGGGGUUUGGGGGUUUGUUUGGGUUGGUUGUUUUGGUGUUUUGGGGGGGUGGGUAG